UAUCAGGACGGUGCACUGCUAGAGAAUUACUGAGCCAAUCUGCUUCACCGCCGCGCUCGCCCCUUCGAUUCGCACCUAAAUUCUCCUUUUGUUUUUAAAAUAUGGGUUUUAUUUUUGUUUGGUUAAGGCGCUGGGAAAUGUGCAAUCCCUGAACUAUCCAAAGAGAGAGAGAGAGAGAGAAAAAAAUCCCUCCCAGGCUGCUCGAAUCUUUCUUCUCUCCUUUCCCAAGCUGUGGAAGGCUCUGCCAUCUACAGCACUCAGAGGGGAUCAGAGCACAUCGCUCGCUUCUUCUCCAGCUUGUCUUUGGCUCGCUGCGUUCUCAUCUAGCUCUGCUCUAUCCGUCGUGCCUGGCAGAGAACCUCAGUGCCCACCAUGCAGGUGGCAACCUUAAGACCCACCUAAUUACAACAUCUAAGGAGGCUUUUUUGUUGUUGUUGUCUGGUGGUGGUGGUGGUGGCUUCUCCAAAAUCUGGAAGCAUCGAAGGGAAGUGAGUGGCUGAUGUGCUGCAUGCUCUGCAGUUUGGAUCUACUGUACUGUGCAAGGAGUCCUCAGGAUUCUCCAAUGUCUCUCGCUCUUCUCAGGAUCCUCUGCUGCUUGGUUGCAAUUUCUCCCUGAUUUUUUUUUUUUGGUCCCUUAUUUCGGAGCCGAGGACUGGAUUGUGUUCCGGCUGCCUUCCUCUAGGAUGCAUGGCAUGUAAACAGCCUGGAUUGUCUCUACACAAGGAUACAUGUCACUACUCCAAGGGGAUCUAUUCAGGCAGAGGACAACGUGAGCUCUUAGGGCACAGACCAUGAUCUCGGAAAUCCUGGAGAACCCCCCUCAUUAAAGCUAGGGCUUCUUUCUCUGGACUUACAAUGGAAAAAAUCCUCUGCAGUCUUCUGGUGUUUGGAAUGGCAGUAGUGGUCAACUCAUGUCCAAAAUACUGUGUCUGUCAAAACCUGUCAGAAUCGCUAGGAACGUUGUGUCCUUCCAAAGGUUUACUUUUUGUACCUGUAGACAUUGACCGGAGGACAGUUGAACUUCGUCUCGGGGGUAAUUUUAUCAUAAGCAUCAACCGACAAGACUUUGCCAACAUGACAGGUCUUGUGGACCUUACAUUAUCUAGAAACACCAUCAGUAUUAUUCAGCCUUUUUCUUUUGUGGAUCUCGAGAGCCUUCGAUCUUUGCAUUUGGACAGUAAUAGAUUGACCAGUUUGGGAGAUGACAUAUUUCGAGGGCUUAUCAAUCUCCAACACUUGAUCAUGAAUAAUAACCAACUCAAUGGUAUCGCAGAUGAUGCUUUUGAAGACCUCUUACAGACUCUGGAAGACCUUGAUCUUUCUUACAACAAUCUUGUAACAAUUCCUUGGGACGCCGUACGAAGGAUGAUAAAUUUGCAUCAGCUCAGUUUGGACCAUAAUCUUUUAUCUUACAUUACAGAGGGAACUUUUCAGGACCUCAAUAAGUUGGCCAGGCUUGAUUUGACUUCUAACAGGCUACAAAAACUACCUCCAGAUCCAAUCUUUGCAAGGUCUCAAAUGUCCAUGAUCUCUGCGACACCUUUCCUGCCCCCUUUGUCCCUAAGCUUUGGAGGUAAUCCACUUCAUUGUAAUUGUGAGCUACUAUGGUUGAGGAGGCUUGACAGGGAAGAUGAUAUGGAAACUUGUGCGUCACCUUCUGCAUUGAAAGGAAGGUAUUUCUGGUAUGUUCGAGAAGAGGAAUUUGUUUGUGAACCACCAUUAAUUACGCAGCAUACUCAGAAGCUGCUGGUUUUGGAAGGUCAAACUGCUUCCUUAAAAUGUAAAGCGGUUGGAGAUCCAGCACCAGUUAUCCAUUGGGUUGCUCCAGAUGGACGCUUGAUUGGAAAUUCCUCCAGGACAACUGUUUAUGAUAAUGGCACUUUAGAUAUCUUAAUAACCACAUCCAAGGAUUAUGGGACCUUCACUUGUAUUGCGGCAAAUGCUGCCGGAGAGUUAACGGCACCGGUUGAGUUAUCCAUUGUCCAGCUGCCACAUCUCAGCAAUGGCACAGGCCGUGCUGCUCCACCCAAAUCACGGCUUUCCGAUAUUACCAGUUCUAGCAAAACUAACCGAGGAGAAGUCAAGACUCAACCCGAGAGGGCUGUUGUAGUGUCAGAGGUGACGACUACUUCUGCACUAGUUAAGUGGUCAGUGAGCAAGUCUGCUCCCAAAGUUAAAAUGUACCAACUUCAAUACAAUUGCUCAGAUGAUGAAGUUCUAAUCUACAGGAUGAUCCCUGCUUCAAACAAAGCCUUUGUUGUGAAUAACCUGGUGUCAGGGACAGCGUACGACCUGUGCGUCUUGGCCAUUUGGGACGACACUGCAACAACUCUAACAGCCACCAACAUUGUGGGAUGUUCUCAGUUCUUCACCCAAGAGGACUAUCAGCAGUGCCAGUCCAUGCACAGCCAGUUCUUAGGGGGCACAAUGAUUCUAGUUAUUGGCGGCAUCAUAGUUGCUACAUUGCUGGUCUUCAUUGUUAUCUUAAUGGUAAGAUAUAAAAUUUGCAACAAUUCCCAGGGCAAGAUGGCCAAUGUCAGCAAUGUCUAUUCCCAAACUAAUGGAGGAAAUUCAGUGAGGAAUGGCUUGCCACCACAAGUCAACCCUAAAGUGGUGGUGAGGAAUGAACUAAUGGAAUUCAAUUGUGGCUCAGUGCACAGUAGCGUCUCCUCCUCUUCUAGUUCGGUGAAUAGUCCAGAGGGUGAUGACUAUAGUCUACAGAGUAACCAAAGCACUCUGUCCAAUAAAUGGAGACCAGUCUCCAGGUCAAGGCAUAACAUUGAUAGACUUAUGGGAGCAUUUGCCUCCCUGGAGUUGAGGUGUCAAAAUAAGGAGGACGCUGUAGACUCCAGGACUUCUACUACAGUCCACCAGUCAGACAAAGAGCCUUUGCUGGGCAACCAAGAGUCCAAAAUCCGUAGUCACCUUAUGUUACCUCUGGAGGGAAAAGCAAAACGUAGUCGUUCUUUUGACAUGGGGGACUUUUCCACGACUCAGUGUUGUAGUUACCCAAGAAAGAUCACAAAUAUUUGGACUAGGAGAAGCCUCUCAGUUAAUGGGAUGCUUUUACAAUAUGCUGAUAGUGAACUUACAGGGAACACAACUAGAAGCGCCUACGACAGCUCAGAAUGGGUAAUGGAAAGCACAGUGUAA